GUUUCAUUUUUGAUUGUUUGUGUGGUUGUUCUGCACUUCUGAAGACUGUCGAAGGAGUUGUGUGAAGAUGGUCUAACAUUGUCAGUCUUUUAUACGUCAACUUUCGUCUGGAAAGUGAAUGCUGGAGACCUUCUUCGCGACAAACAUUCUCUUCUUCUUCAGCUGGAGGCGUUUAGUUAUUAUAUAUGGAAAAAAGCGAAAGAAACCUUUCUGAAUUUUAUUGGGUAUUUCUGCGGUUGGAUAUCCACCUAUAAAACAACCCAAAUCGGCACUUCCCUGUGGCCACAUCACACAGAAAGGAUCUCAUAUUUUAAUCCCGAGUUGUUUGACAUAACCAGAGCCUAGAAUGUUUUCAACUCAAAAACUAUUGGUGCCAUACGGGUUCCGUCAAUGUCUCCAGCCCACGAUUACAAAAGUCAAAACGUUCAUUUAUCAAUCGAAACAUUCCUACUGUCCCACGCUUUUCCUUCAUAAACUAUGCCCCUAUUGAUUUAGGUUCGGCCAAAAAAAAGUUGAACUGAUAAGGCAAUAAUAUAAUCACGAAGUAUUUAUUGUUGUUCUACUUAUUGUAGGACCAAUUUGUUCAACCUAUUUAUCGCAGUUUUCAUGCAUGCGCUACACAGCUAUUUAAUCUAAUAUUUACUAUAGGUUUUAUAUGUAUUUAAAAUGUCGUAAUAAGUCUCUUUUUUUUCGGCCGUCAGUAGAGAGAGAGAGAGAUAAUUAAAGAAUCAUUUAUGCGCGGCUUAUACAAAUAUACACAUUUUAUCGCCUGAAAUCUUUAGGUCCACAUCCUGCCCAACUGUUAAAGUAAAAAAAAAAUGCCUUUGAUAAGAUCAGAAAUCUCUUGCCGCCAAUGGCUGAAAUUUCAUUCGUCUCUGUGUUCACAACUCUGUACACAUAAAAUCGUAUAGAGACUUCAAAAGUAUACAACACCAGACGGUGCCAGAUCUAUUACCUAUCCAUUCAAGAUAACGGAAAAAUGGGCUAGAGCGAGGAUAUAAGUCAAAACACACACUACCGGGGUAAUAUCGUGUGGAAAAAAUGUACAUUGCACUGGGCUCUGGCUCAGUCACGCUCAGUCCGAUAAAAUGGACAGAUCGUCGGCGCUAGCGCAGUUGUUUGUGCUGUUAUUCGUGAUCAAUACUGCAGAAUGGCAUGACGUGACGGUCGGGGCUAGUCGAGUGACUUUGACCGACAACGGCUACAAAAAUCUGGUGGUGGCCAUCAGCCCAGCAGCGCCAAUUGAUCAAUCCGAAAGCAUAAUUAAAAAUAUCAAACAAAUUAUCACGGAUGCUUCUCCGGUGCUCUACAAGGCGACCGGUAAUCGAGCUUACUUCCAAAGUGUCCACAUUCUUAUUCCGGAAACAUGGGACCACAUCGAAGCUGAUUUAAGCACUUGGGAAACGUUCGAUACGGCUGACGUCAUCGUGGACACGCCCAAUCCCAUGCACAAAGAUGUGCCCUACACUCAACAGAACGGCAAGUGCGGUGAAAAAGGCGAAAGAAUUCACUUAACCCCAAACUAUGUGCUCACCAUCGUUCAAGAGCAGAACAUUGCCCAAUACGGAAAACCAGGCAAAGUCUUCGUUCACGAAUGGGCCCAUUAUCGCUACGGCAUUUUCGACGAGUACGGAACGCCCGGAGGAGAGUAUCCGCUCUUCUUCCGCCAAUCGGGCACUUCCUUCAUCGAGCCCAACAUCUGCGCUAACAAAAAAAUCAUGUACAACACCCGUGACAUAAGCAACAACAAUGCGAACUGUCAAAUCGAUCCGGCCACGAAUAUCUACGACCAGAACUGUCGAUUCGAAUUCCAUCCAAGUUUUAAGCCGGACACGUCGCUGGCUUCCUUCCAUCUCCUGGACUCGGUGGUUCAUUUCUGCAAGGACGGCGACUUCCAUUCGCACCGGUCGGAGACUCCGAACAAACACAACACCAUGUGCGGCGGAGUCAGCACCUGGACGGUCAUCAUGCGGAACCCGGACUUUGCGUUUUACCAGAACAGACCCGUGGAUUUGGACCAAUUGCCCGCGAAAUUUAAAAUCGUCAAACCGACUGGCUCGCGUUUUGUUGUCGUCAUGGACGUUUCCGACAGCAUGAAGCAAUGCAACCGCAUCGACAAACUGGGCGAAUCCGUCCGCGCCUGGAUCAAAAACGACGUCCCCACCGGAAGCCAAUUGGGGAUGGUCAUGUUCAGUUCAACUGCUCACAUCGUGAGCGAACUGAAAGUCAUUUCCGACAUGAAAAUCCGCCAGGAGAUGAUGAAAAAAGUGCCGAAAGAUUUGUACUCCAUCACCUGUAUCGGAUGCGGUCUCGACCUCGCCGUUCAGAUGCUGCAAGAGAAGGGAAACAAUAAAACGGGUGGCAUUAUCGUUUUAGUUACCGAUGGUAGAAAUUCAGCUGGUUACCUCGACAUUUCUGACGUGGAGGAGGACAUUGUCAAAGCCGGCAUACGCGUAGUCACCGUCGCCUUUGGGAGUGAGGCGGACAGCAAUAUCGAACGUUUGGCUGACGUCACUGGCGGUAAAAGUUAUUACAUCAAGGACGGUGACAGCAGUGAAGCUAUUCAACAGGCCUUUACGGGCGCCUGCACCUACCAGUCGAGAGUCAAAAACGACGAUUUGAAAUUCAAAUUGUUUGAAAGUACGGCGGCGUCGAAUUCGACCAGCAUCGAAGGCUGCUUCGACGUCGACGACACGGUCGGUCGUAAUUUGGUGCUCAGCGUCUUCAAUUUGGACGAUCGAAACAGUUUGGAAUCGAUGCAAUUGUCGGGGCCGACUAACGAAAUUUACGACCAAAUCGAUUUCGAUACUAGCACGGCCACUGUCACCGUGGCAUUGGCUAAGGUGGGACGCUGGGACUUGAAUGUCACGCUGAAAAGUUCCCAGUCUAAACCGGUUUUAGUCACCGUCAAGACUCAGCUGCGCCCGAAUGUCACGACGCCCAUCAACACUAGAUGCUGGGUUUCCAACGGAGCUGAUAUCAAGGAUGCGAGCAACCACCGGAUUCGAAUUCACGCCGACGUGUGGAAAGGAAGCCAUCCGGUCACCGGGGCUUCCGUUAAGGCUUAUAUAGUGAAGCCCAACGACGAGUUGGAGAUUUUGGACUUGCUGGACAACGGGGUCAAUGCCGAUACCACGCAAGACGAUGGCGUUUAUUCCAAGUAUUUCGCCUAUCCCAAUCAGCCGGGACGGUACACAGUCAAGUGCCAAGUGAACAGCACCAAUCACAAGGCAUUCGAGCAACUGGGUUUUAUCGGCUCGGCUAGCCCUCAGCUUUUCGGUAAUGAGACGAUCAUAGGAGAGGUGGAAAGAAUUCCAAUGGCGAAUUUCACCCGAAUCGUUUCCGGUGGCUCAUUUCAGGUGGAAAUCCCAGUCAACAGUAAUGACUCCUACCCACCAGCUGAAGUCACCGAUCUGUCGAUUAUGGUCGUUAACGACACCGCCACAAAUAUUUCAAUCGCAUUGAAAUGGACCGCUCCCGGGGAUGAUCUCGAUUCCGGCACAGCUUCCUAUUACGAACUCAAGUAUUCGGAUGUCGUCGCCGAUGUCAUCAACUCCAACUUUGACGACAAAUCCCCCAAGCGGAAGAGUCGAUCCAUCAUCACGGAAGAGGAUCUCGUCGCCGGUUCGCUCCAGCCGAGCGAGGCCGGCGUCCAGCAAACGGCCACAUUUCAGCUGACGGACGUCCAGCGGGAGAGACCCUAUUACUUGUCUCUGCGGGCCGUGGACAAGGCGGACAAAGCCGGCCAAGUGUCCAACUUGGUCGUUUUCUUCAUCCCGGACAGAACGGUGGUAGUUUUAACGAAGAAUUUCGAAGACGACGAUUCGGGAAACGGAACUGAUCAAGAAAUUCACAUUCACAUAAAUACCAAAGAGCCGAGUUAUCAUGUGGCGUCUUUAUUGGUUGCCGCCUUCGGACUCAUUCUGAUAGUUUGCUUAGUCGUAAUGUUGCUCGUGGCUGUCGUCAAAUACCUGCUAGUAUAUCGCUCUUACAAAGACGUCCCAGUUUAGUCAAAUAACAGAAUUCAAGUUUUGAAAUUGUUUUGUUGAAAUUUUAAAUUAUUUCUUCUCCACCUGUAAGAGUAAAAAGCAACCACAAAGCUUUUCGAGUGCCCUAAUUAUCUUAUCAAAUCAAGAAAAUCCCGAAAAUCCCUAGCUACAAAUAGCUACAAGACUUUUGAAUGUGUAUCGAUUAUUCCUUAGUAAUCGCACACUAUCACACCACGUAGGCAAUAAACGGUUUCAAAAUAAC